GUUGAAGUUGUGUUACUGUGAAGCUUAAAGGAAAAUGCUUUCUUUACUAUUUUUAAUUGGUAUACAUGGAACUAUUGGGCACACUGUGCACAACAAAGAGUGUACAUGUAUUGGGAACUACUUGAAAGUAGAAAAUACUAAUUUAUCUGUGUCAGAGGCGUUUGAGAAAUAUGACAUUACUCCUAAAUACUUACCAGUCCCACCGAAAUAUUUAUUAGAGGGCAAAUUGGUUUCAGCUGAUGUUAAACUAGGAAACUUUGUACCACCAAUCAGAACUGCCGAUCCAGAGAUAAAAUAUUCGAAAGGAAAAAAUUAUGUUAAUUACACCAUUUUUAUAAUAGAUAUAGACGGCCCGGGUUGUGACCCUUAUAAAGGCUACCUAGUCAGCCUUGUUAUAAAUGUGCCCAAGAGCGAGAAUAAUCUUAUACUAUCUGGAGACUCUAUUGUACCUGUGAGCCCACCCAUGGUCAAACUAGGCAGCGGAAUUCAUCGGACAGUUGGUUUGCUGUACGAGCAGGAAGAAUGGAUAAACCCUGAUAACAUAGAAUUAUUUGAGCUGGCAAGGACAAGAAAUAUAAACCUCUGGACGUUCACAAAGAAAUACCACCUCGUGGACCUCGUAGCUGGGAACUUCUAUCGUACUGAACUCGACUACUGUGCUGACUGGAAGAAGGAAGAUCUGAACGAUGAUGUAAAUAAACGAUGUGAACGAUUCUGUAAAUUUGUCUCCAACGACGAUGAAAACAAUGAUUUAAAAUGCAAAAAUUAAAU